AUGCAUAUUCAGUCGAUUCCCAUGUGGGUUGGCAGCUCCAACAACUAUGCAUAUCUUGUGAUUGACGACAAAUCCAAAGAUGCCGUCAUUAUUGAUCCGGCAAACCCUCCAGAGGUUGCUCCUAUCCUCAAGGAUGCCAUUUCAUCUGGCAGGAUUAACUUGACGGCCAUUGUCAACACCCACCACCACUGGGACCAUGCUGGAGGCAACAAGCAACUGCUGUCCGAUCUGGGCAACGAGAAGCUCGCCAUCAUCGGUGGCAAAGACUGCGAAGGCGUCACCAGGACACCACAGCACGAGGAAACGUUCAAGAUUGGAGACAUUUCCGUUAAGCCUGUGCACACCCCUUGCCACACGCAGGACAGCAUCUGCUAUUACAUGGAGGAUUCAACCGGCAAGGCCGUCUUCACCGGCGACACACUCUUCAUCAGUGGAUGUGGCAAGUUUUUCGAGGGCAACGGGGCAGAGAUGCACGAAGCCUUGAACAACCGCCUCGGAGCGCUGCCAGAUGAUACGGUUGUCUAUCCUGGACACGAAUACACAAAGUCAAACGUCAGAUUCACCAUUUCCGUCUCUCAGACAGAGCCCAUCAAGAGCCUCCAGGCUUUUGCCGAGAACAACGAGGUGACUACUGGCAAAUUCACGAUUGGCGAUGAGAAGAAGCAUAAUGUCUUUAUGAGAGUCCAGGACCCUGAGAUUCAAAAGGCGACAGGCGAGACGGAUCCCGUGUCUGUCAUGAGCAAGCUGAGGGAGAUGAAGAACAACUUCAAGUGA